UGCUAUAGCGGUAUAUAAUCCUUGAAUGUGCAGCUCUGAGCCGCAGCUGGAGGUUUGCGCAGCACAUGUACGGAAGAAAGCGGACAAAAAGCUUCGAGCGAGUCUGCGGAAUGAGGCAGUGAGAGGCUGCAGGGGAAGCAAAGAAGACACACACUGGUUAAUCUCUAUUCGCUGGAAGGCUCUGGUAGCUGGAAGAGGACACAGAAAGCCUCAUCGCCAGGAAAUAAAUUAAAAUGGAUCUUCACGACAAAGAAAUUCUCCCUGGAGAGACUCUACCUGUGGUCAUCAUCGGUAACGGCCCUUCAGGGAUCUGUCUGUCGUACCUGUUGUCGGGCUACACCCCCUACCUGUCACCUGAGGCAACACAUCCCAACCCCCUGCUGAACAGCAAGCUGGGAGAGCAGCCUCACCUGUCACUGCUGGAGCAGGAUCUGGAGUACCUGUGCGAGGGAUUAGAGGGCAGGUCGUCCAAUCCCGUGGCGGUGCUUUUUGACUCGCUGCUGCUUCCCGACAGCGACUUCGGAUUGGACCACACGUCUCCGCUGGACUGGCGAUACGAGCCGGAGCGAGCCAUCCCUCACCUGGUGCUGGGGAAGGGUCCACCCGGAGGAGCCUGGCAUGCUAUGGAGGGCUCGAUGCUAACUCUGAGCCUGGCUAACUGGAUGGAGCUUCCUGGACUUGGACUGAAGGACUGGAUGAGAGAGAAACGCAGAAAUGUACGUAAUGACCGUGCCACACCAGCAGAGAUCGCCUCCUACUACCAACACUACGUUUCACAGAUGUCCCUGGAGCAGAGCUUUGCCUGUGGAACCACGGUCACCUCGGUAACCAGGCAGCCAGGCAACCAUGACGGGUCGCCGCCCUGCUGGAGGGUGACAGGCCUUCAGCGCAGAGAGGGGGAAGAGCUGGGAGACGGCUCCUCCGUGUCAGAGGAAGUGCCUUUCUCGCUGUUGGCCCACAAUGUGGUGUUGGCGACGGGGACCCACGACAUCCCGGCCAGGCUCGGCGUUGAGGGCGAGUCCCUGCCCUACGUCUGCCACUCGUUCUGGGAGCUGGAGGCGGCCAUCUCUCGCGGGGAGCUCGACCAAUCCUCAGACCCGGUGCUAGUUGUGGGGGCGGGGCUAACAGCAGCUGAUGCAGUCUUGGCAGCACACCAUCUCAACACGCCCGUCUACCACGCCUUCAGACGCUCGGUCAACGACCCCGGCCUCAUCUUCAACCAGCUGCCUAAACUCCUCUACCCAGAGUACCACAAGGUUCACCAGAUGAUGACUCAGCAGCAGUACCAGCCGAGCACGCCACCUCAGAACCACGCCCAGAACCUUCAUAACUCAUCAACCCCUUCCUCACCUUCAACUUCCCCCGCCUCGUCCUCAUCCCCUUCCUCUUACCCGGGUUAUUUGAGCUUCCCGCGCUACAAAGUCGUAGCGCUCCGACCUGAUAAGAAGUGUGUUCUGGAGUCAGAUUCUGGCCAUCGAACCGUGGUCCAAGUCUCCAAGGCAUUGGUUCUGAUUGGCGCCCACCCCAACCUUUCCUUUCUGGGUGACAAUGGGCGUCCUCUUGGUAUUUACCCAGAGGAAACGAUCACAUGCCGGAGAAACCCAAUUGAGGUUGACCCGUUCACAAACAGCGUGGUGGCAGCAGACGGACCAGGCAUGUACGCAAUGGGGCCAUUGGUUGGCGAGAACUUUGUCAGGUUCCUGAAAGGAGGGGCGCUGGCUAUCGCUAGCGACCUCACCAAGAGACAAAGGGAGAGACAAGAGAGAGAGGAUCGGGAUUUGACCACAGAGAGGUUGAUGGACAGAUGGUUGGACAGACAAGUCACCACACAUACAGAAUCAGAGGUUUGUGUUCUGGACUCAUAGCAGGUCGUCUGAAAUACAAGUGUUGAAUAGACUGAAGCAACGCGACCUUACUGAUCGGAUCCAAGCUAACGGGUCGAGACAGAACACGAACUGAUGCAAACAAAAGAGACCCAGGUCAUGUUUCCAGAAAUCCCAGAGUAGGAAAAUAAAAUGCGCUGCUAAGUUGUUUAAUGAGUGAAACAGGCAACAAACGACGACUGGACUUGCACUGGUUUGGAAGGAUCUGAUAACUUGCAAGAGCUGCUGUAGACCGAUUGUCGCGCUGCUCAAAUCCUAAAGACUUACAGGUCCUUCAAAUAAAUGUACAUUUGUGGGAUUUCAAUACACUGAAGUUAAAGACACUAUGGAGAAACAAUUUAGUGUGUUUGGGCCGGCCACAUCAAAAUUAAGUGUCGACAUUGAAUGAUACCGAUAUCCACAUCAGUUAUUUCAGAACUUGAAACUAUCCAUAAAUUGGGCAGAAUGUGUGUUUAACUUGAACAUGUAAUGUAGAACUUUCAAUGCCAGUCUCUUAAAUAACUAUUCACGUGAGAUUUACUGAAGAGAAAAAUGCAGUAAAAAAACAAAAAAAACAAAAAAAACAAAAAAAAAACAGUGCCCUCUGGUGGUCAAACAAUGCAACUACAAUAAUCUUUCACUUGACCGUAAACAUAUUUUUCAUUCUGCAAAGCAAUCGCUCAUUAGUGAUACAAAUGUUCAUCAUCAAAUGUUCAUUUUCGCUGUUACCGUGCUGGUUUCUUGGAGCCAGAAAUGACCAUAUUUGGACGAAAGGUUGGAGCUUGGUGGGAGAAAGUAGUUAGCAAACGUCGCGUUCUUAGCGUUUGCUAGUAUUAGCUUGGUAGCUAAGUGAGUUUGUAAUUCAAGUUAGCAGUGAUAUUAUCAAGACAUUUUUGGGUCGCUAUGGUUGCGCCUAGUCAGUCAAAGGGUAACCACGCUCUUGACCCUACCCAGGAGUCUCGUCUGUUUUACUCUAAAUGGUAAAAUUAUCACAAACCAUAAACUCUUUACCGUGGUAAUUAAUCCGAUAUGAUUUUUCACCCAGACUCCCCCUACUGGCCAUUUGAAAGAAUGCAGCUUUUCAGAACUCCUUCAUUGACUUCCCUUUGCAGAUUAUGAAGACGCUUCUACUUCUCGUAUAUACAGUCUAUGAUGCCAUUGUUACACUAAUAUUUACUGAUGAUACUGGUUUCACCUAAAUUAGGAUGGACAGCUAGCAAGUUAAAGAUUUAUUUAAAAAACACUGUCGAGAGUAUUUUAAAAUUAAUCACACACACAUACACAAUCAACCAGCUGAACUGAAGCUCGCUUUGUAUUAUUUACAUCCUAAAGUAAACAAUAAUAAACUGUAAAUAAAUAUGACCUGAUUACAUAACUAUUUAUUAUGGAUGAGGAACAAAAUAAUCAGAAGAGGAUGAGAAAUUGAUCCUUGGUAAAGCGAGUACUUCUGGUUUGGUUUUUCUAUCCCUCAGAGUGCCGAGGUUACGGCAAUAACUUCCUGCUUUUAGCUCUUAAUAAUCUGCCAAAAGGUCACACAUUGCCUCAGUCUCACUUGAUACACGAUGGACUUCAUGAUCAGGUUUCUGUAGAUCGAUCUUGAUUCUACUGUCUCAGUUAAACUGCAACACUACUCACUUCCUGCUCGUGUUUCAAGGGAAUUCUUGUCCCUGUGUUCUCUGUUUGCGUUUGUACAUACCGUGGUUUGCUUCCGUGUGAAUCUAAGGUGCUUUAUCUUUUAAUGUAGAGAUGAUUUUUUUUUUUUUUUUUUUUUUUUUAGUCAUGUAACUGGCAACUGUACCUACCUUCAAUCUGUAAAUGUUUGAUCACAACAUGAUGGUUUUAUACUUAACAGGAAAGAAGCAGAGAGACAUAUAUUUUUUCUAUAAUUCCUCUGAUUAAACGUGUUGGAUUAGAAGGCUUUGUAAUGUAUGAAGUUGGCAACAUGAACUUUUGAUGGCAUCUCAAUGAACCAGUGGCGGUGAGCUCCUCUUCUGUUAAUGAGUCAGGAGAACAAGGAAAGAUCUCUUUAGUUUUGGAUUAUGAUGAGAAGUCACACAAGAUUUAUUCUGCAGUUAAAUUCAGUUAAAUUUUACAGUUUGUCUCCGUUUAAUCUCCAUGCAUGAUUAUAAAGUUUUGUAGUCGAGACCAGACAAACAGAGACCGAGACAUGACCGAGACCAGAGUCCUCCAAGGCCGAGUCAAGACCAAGUCAUGUAGGGAUCUAGAAGUAGUCAAGACCAAGAGUUACCCGAGACCAGAGUCCUCCUAGACUGAGUCAAGGCUGAGACAUUUAGGGAUCUAGAAAGAGUCUAGACCAAGAGUUACCUGAGAUCAGAGUGCUCAGAGGCCGAGACAUGUAGGGAUGGAGACCGAGACCAAGACAUGCCUGAGACCAGAGUCCUCUAAGGCCGAGAGGGGGGGUAACUGGGGGAAACUACAAAUUGAAAUUAUUGGUUCUUUUAGAAAGUUUUCCUUCUAACCAUAGUUAUGACUUGGAAAAAUAUCUGGAGUCCACCCAGUCUGAGACCGAGACAAGACCGAUAAAGAGUGCUUUAGACUCCUAGAAAAGACUGAGACCUUUAAAAAGUGGUAUCGAGACCGGUCUGGAGUACUACAACUAUUUAUAUGAUCAUGAACCUGCGGUGAGAUAUGACAAGCUGUGGAAUAUUCUGCUUUUAUUCGACCAAAAUCUGUUUUGGCUUUCAAGUCAAGAAAUAAAUAAAAACCAACAUCACACACUUUAAAAAAAACAACCUUUAUUAAGCCUUUAUUUUUUAUCUGAUUUUAAAAAACAUCACAAUCGGCCUGAAUGCAUGUAAUUAAGAAAAGCUGUGACAUAAAGAGAGCCAGCGGUGCCUUUAAUCUCUUCACUCAUGGACGUGUUCAUUUUGUAUUUGUUCACUGCAGACAGAAAACGUUUCAAUGUCUUCUUAUUCUGUAAAAACAAUCAUGUGCACUCUUUGUUUGACCCUCACUAUCUUUGUGUCACCGGGUUUGAAUUAUAAAUAUGAACAUCUGUUCCAUCUGUAUUUACUGUCAAACCUCUGUUUUUCCACGUUUGUUCAUGGGUUUCUAUUAAAAGACGAUUUUCCAGCAAA